CCCCUUUGUUCCUUUAGUUUUUGUUCCUAUUUUUGUUUUUCUCUUUAGCAUUCAUACUUUGGCCCUAACAAGAUGCUAUAUGGACCAAAAUGAGGUUUUGAAGCACUCUCAAAACACAAGGAUGAAAGACCAGUUUUUAUGCCUUUUUUGACUCACUCAAAAACCCAAUGGCCUUUUUGAUAAAUGUGCAAUUUUAUAGAGAAUUUUUACAUGAACAGAUAUACCAAGAUAAAUGAAAGCUAGCCUAAAACUUCUAAUGCCAGGACCAGAAAAAAAAUAGUGGACAGUUUUUACAUAAAGACAGCCCACUGCCACUAAAGUGAGAGAAGAGGGGAGUGAAAGUGGAAGACAAGAGCCAGGAUGGAGUGAGAGUGGAGCCAACCGGAUCCGGAGGAAUCUGGCAGAAUGCCUGCAGUGUCUCUAGGGAUACCACCACACAGACCACCAACCCUUGCGAAGAGGCUCCUCACUCUGAAACUAAAAUAAACAUGAAACUAGUGUGAACUAAAUGAGAGUAUCCACUGCAUACGAUCGGGGAAAGGCUAAUUCAGGAUCAAAUGACCGAGCUAGACUUGAUGCAUUCUGGGAGUUCUUCUGUUUCAUUGAUGGAGGAGAGGAUAGGAGCUAACUCAGACGUGCAGACUCUUGAGUCCAGACCUGAGAGCCGACUUCACUUGGACCUUUCUCUGACAAACAGACGGUUGUAGCGGUCAGAGAGAAGAGUCCUGCAUCAUCUCCACUAGCUAGUGGCUACAUCUCAGCUACCCAGGAUGCAACACUCCCAGAGACUGGAUCAAAAGCUCUACACACUCAGGGAGGAAGUCAGGACCAUGAGUCGGGAGAAGGAGCAGGUGGAGAAGGUUUGGAGGGAGCGGCUGCAGCGUUGUGAAAGGCAGUUACAGGCAAAAGAAGAUGAAAUGAUUCGUCAAUCUCAGUACUUUGAGAGCUUCAAGGGCCAACUUCAGUACAAACUCAAACAGGGUCGGGACCGAGAGGAGGCACUACAAAACCGAAUUUACACUUUAGAGAAGCAACUACUGGACAUGACAGUUACAGCAGCCACCGGCCUUGCCACAACGGGACCAGUCCGGAUCACAGCUGGUUCUAUAACACAGUGGGAGGAACAAGACAUACUCCCUUCACUGAGAGGAGAGGGAGAAGGAGAAGAGGAGAAGAAGGAGGAACGCAAGAAGCAAUGGCCAAAAGGUUUAGAAGAUGAAAGAAGAAGCAAGGACUCAGACCAGGCCAGGCUCCAGGGGUUUAUACUGAGCUUACAGGAGGACCUCAGGGUGUUGCUGGAGAGAGAGGAGAAGGCUAUGACCGAACACAGAGAACUGAUGGAGCAGCUACACGAGGCCCAGGAGAGCAGCCAUUUUUUGGGCUGUAAAGUGGAGGAGAUGAAGUCAGAAAUUGACCAUCUGAAUCUGUCCAAAGUGUCACUAGAGGAGGAGAUGGACGAGCUGAGAGAGGAGAACCAAAGACUACAGCAGAGCCUUAUAGAUUCUGACAACCUGCCAAACAACAGGGAAGCAUUCAUUCAAAAGGUUCAAAUCAGUGAUGAAGAGCAGCUUUCUGUAGUUCUGCCAGAUCGCCACCAGUCUACAGCAGAGAGCUCCCACAAUAGCCCAGUGGAUCCUUCCAUAGCUGCCAAAUCUGAAACCUCUUUGACAUCCACACAUGAACCACAAACUGUAUUUGGAAACUUUGGUUCAAAGUCAAACCCCAGCUUUCAGUCGCUCACGCUCACCACAGAGACAAUAGAUGAGUUGAGAAUGGGGGCAUGGUGCUAUAAUGGCGUCUUGAACUUGGAGGAGAGCCCUGGGGAGGACUGUGAUGCCUUGAGGGAAGCCUAUCGCAGCUUGGGUUUAGGAGGAGAUCUUGAUUUUAUAAAAGAACAACGUGAUCGCUUUGAGGAGGCCCUACAGCAGACACAUGAGCAACUAAAGAUGACCCUACUAGAAAAUGCAAGUUUAAAAUCUCAAAUCAAACUGCAAGAAGAAACCGUGUUGAGAGAGGAGUCUUCAAAAGAUGCAUUAUGUGAAAAUUCAACUUUGGAUGAUAGUGCUAGGUUCAGUAUUGGGUCAGAUGAUCUUGUCCAAUCUUUAAAUGAAGAAAACAGAGCCUUGGCAGAGAGAAUACAAGAGCUAAGAGACCAUAUUGAACUCAGAGAGGAAGAAAUUAUGAAGGAGAGAAGUGAAGUAAAGGAGCAGAUCUGUAGGUUAGAGAUUGAUGGUGCCCGGCAACAACAGGAAAUCAAUGAACAGGCAUGCUUGGUGACAGAGCUAACCAAAAAGACAGAGGAUGAUCUGAAUAUUAUUAUGGAGUUGCAGCAAAAGUUGGUGGAAUAUGAAGAGCUGAAAGAAGAGAUCAGGCGUAAGAAACUAUUUGGAUUUCAAUCUAAACACACACAGACUGUUUUUAGGAAAGACAAUAUUGACGAGUGUGUGGACAUUGUGGUGAACUGUGUCAUCGAAAGUGAUAAAGAACCACAGUUUUUGUCCAAGCAAGGAAAUGUAAGUGAAGUGUCACAAACAACAGGUAAAUCUGACAAUCCUGAAGUGAAUUUGAUGAAUGAAGAGGUGGACAGGUUAACCAAGUUGGUACAAAGCCUUAAAACAGAACAAGAGGAUCUCAUGGGGAGAAUUAAAACUCAAAGAUUGCAACAAAAAGAAGUGGCUCAGUCAAUUCGAGCACAAACAGAAGAGAAACAGCAUUUAACUCGUGAGGUGUGGGGACUUAAAGAGGAAAAAGACCAUAUUUUUAAAUCUUUGACUGGACUAAAACAGGAGCGUGAGGUCCUGACCAGGGCAGUGUGUGGGUUCAAGGAUGAAAAAGACCAAUUUCAAAGAUCCAUGGCUGAUCUUCGAAAAGAAAAGGAGCAACUUUUUCAAGAUUUACCUAAUCUUAAAAGAAAAAAAGAUGUGAUUUUGGAAACCAUCUCAAGUGGGAUCAAAGAAAGAGAUCAAAUCGUGCAAUCAAUACAAAAUUUACAAAAAGAAAGUCUACAAUUAAACCAAGCAUUGCUCAAAUUAAAACAGGAAAAAGAUGAACUCUCAAGUCACCUGAAAAGUUUAAAAGAAACAAAAGAUAAGGAACAUCUAUUUAAUAACUUGGAAGAGGAAUGUGCCAAGCUACAAAAAUCUGUUUCAAGUUUGAAAGAGGAGGAGAGGAGAAUGACCUUUUCAGUGUCACGUUUAAAACAAGAGGAAAAUCAAAUGGGAAUUUUAAUACAACAACUACAAGAGGAGCAUAGCAGACUACAAGCUACAUCUCAAGGGCAAACGAAAGCUAGUGAAAUGGACCCAACAUAUGCAGCCAAUGAGUAUGAAGAGCAAUAUGGAUAUAAGAAUAACUUAAAGGAUCAAAAUGAUUUAGCAAUGCAGAUACAAACAUUGUCAACAGAACUCCAAAAAGCUCAGGAUGAAUUAGACCAGACAAAAGCAGAGAGACAAAGAUUGCAGAGUGAACUCUUUCAAUCUGAAACCAAAAGGGAUGAGGCUGAGAGGAGAGCCUCCCAGUUGGCUGACAGACUUUUCAAAAUCACCGAUGAAUCCAAUCAGCUCCAGGAAACAAGGAAGGAAACUGAAAAUCUUAAGGCACAGGUGAAGGAUCUUCAGAACAAAGUAACAGGUUUGACCAGAGAGAAGAAUGAAGUACUGGCUCUAAAGACCCAAAUAGAUGAGCAAUACAACAUACUUUCUGCUCAACUCAGAGCCAAAACUGUGGCUCUUCAGGAGCUAAACUCAGAGUACAUCAGUUUAAAACAUGGUCAGGGCAUCAGAGAGGAUCUUAGCACUGCUCUGGUCUCCAUGCAGAGCCGCUACAGUGAUAUCAGAGCCAAGUAUGACGCAUUACUUCAUAAAAAAAGUCAAGCUGAUAUGGAUAUUGCACCUCUAAAGGCCAAGCUGUCAUGCAUGGUGGUGAAAUGUCAGGAGAGGAACAACAUUUUGGUUCAGAUGACAAAGAUCCUACAGAAACACGGCUGCAUUGACUACAUCCUCAAACAACAAGUGGAACAGCUGCUUGCAGACCCUGCCCUGCAAAGUUACGCCUCCACAUUCACCACUGGAUUUACCCCUGAAAUAACGGUCACAUUCGAGGACACUAAAAGAUUCACUCAAGAUCAAACAGGUUCAACUUCACCAUCAAAACAACAACAAAUAAAUGAAUUCACUUCUCAAAGUAAUAUCUAUGGGGGCGGUAGAAGUCCAUCUCUUAUAACACCUGCUUUGAGUACCUUUGCAAAUUCGCCCAUAGACUGCACUAGUAAGAUGAGCCAUGUAACAAGUCCAGCUGUAAAGGCCUUCUCCUCAAGGUCCAUUUCCCCACUGCCAGAACACAGAGAAGUCAUGGGGUCUAUGUCACCCACUGUCUCCCACAAACAUAACUCGCAGUUUCUUUUAUCUCCAACAAACCUUACAAGGAAAGAAAAUCAUUGCCCUAGUCCAGUGCAAGAAAAGAUCUCAUCAAACUUAACUUCACCAAGGCAAGAACAUCAAGAAAUCCUGGGAUCCACAUCACCUGCUGCAUCACAGAAAAGAAACACAAACCUUACAAAGCAUCAACUUUCUCCAAGAUCUCCCAGAGGUUCUGUGCUAAAGACAAAUGAAUUUCAACAACUGAAUGUGAAAGCCAAGUCCACUCCAGACCUGACCCGGUUAACAGAGUCCAGCGGGUUUGGUUCCAGCUCUGGUUCUUCAUCUUCACUCACCUGCUUUGGUUCAAAUACAAGGCUGAGUAGUCCAGGAAAGAUCAUGAGCCUUCAGGAACAACUGCAGAAGACCUUACUCAGCAGUUUUCAGGCUCCAGCAGGCAGAGGGAAAGGACAGCAGCCCAGAAAAUGCCUGUCAUUCUCAGCACAAUCUCUGGCCUUCCCCACAGCCUCACAGAUGAAGAAACCAACUGCUUAUAAUGCAACAGCCAAUAUCACAACUUCCUCAAGCCAGUCUACUUCAGGAGAAACCACCAAACCUGUACCCUCAAAUAAUAAGCUUUUUAAUGCAGUCAUAUCUAGAUCUGCAACUGUUACCUUCAGUCCAGUUGCCCAGUCAUUUAAGCAAUCUAAAUAUAAUCUGUCUCGGGCUUCAUCUAAUGUCUCUACUACUACAAGUGCAUUACAGAGCAAAGCAGUGAUAACAGCAAGUUCUGGUGCUAUUAAACAUGCUGUUCAGGAACUUAAAGCUUCUUCUAUGGAAAACGAUACCACAUUUUUACAUGUCAGUCCAACAGCUACAGACUGUAAUGUGUUCCCAAACACUACUGAAAGCACUGCCUCUGAUACAGUGGGCCCAAGCAAAAGUAAUAGUUUUAAUAGGACUCAAGUAGAUGGUGGUGGCAGCCUUAUAUUUCCUCAGCCCACCUCCAUGUCUGCCAAAAAGUCACCAAACUGUGCAGAGAAAGCCAGAACUCCAACCAGAAUAAAACAAGAGGCUCCCGCUGAGGUGCGAUCCAUUGAGGUCAUUAAAACAGUGGGUGUGAGUGGCCUUAUGAUCAGCUGGGAAAGACCCCCACUGGACGAACUAGGCUGCAGCAAUGGCACCUUUGUGUAUGGAUACAGGGUGUUUGUUGACGGGGUGUUCCACAAAUCUAUCAUGAGUUCAGCAUGCACUAAGUGUAUACUUGAGAAUGUAAACCUGAGUGUUCCCAUUAAAAUCAGUGUACAGACAUUGGGAUCCAAUGGUCUUAGCUCUAACUGUGUCCAUACAAUGCACAUCCAAAAAGACCUAUGAAACUUUAAGCCCUUUGUGCCAUCUAUAGCUGCAGCUCUCCGGGGUAUUUUUUCUAACCUCAAUGAAGAACAACAGAGACACCUUCAUACAGCUGGGACUUACCUAGUACUGCGAGUACCAAGGACAACCAAUAACCUAAAGUAAACUUACAUGGUCCACCUUUAGCCAAUAAUUGUGGAUGGACUGCAGAGUUUUAAGAUGUCAAUCAAAAUAUCUCGCAAGAUCCCUGAAUCAAGAAAUGGUUUUAUAUGAGAGAUGACUCCUCUUUUGGAUUAUACCUCUUUGUUGGAUACACCAAGACUGCUGCACUAAAUACAGACAAAUUACUAUAUCAUAAUAAUGAGGCCAAGAACAUUUUUGAAGAUGUCUUUGUGCAUUUAAAUCUCAAACUAUUAGAGUGAUGUCUACUGCUGCAAGUUUACACUGUGUUCAAGAGACUGGUUUGGUAUUUUCAACCUGUGAAAAAUAAUAGGACUUGGCUUCAUAAUGUGAAGAAGAGCAAAGGUGUGUCAUCAUACAUGAUUUACACAUUUCAAGCCAAAUAUGUGAUUAAAAAACAAAACUCCAAAGACAUCAAUUCCUUUUUGCUCUUAGCUCUCAAAACAGUGAGUUGUAUUUUGAAUUUGCACGCUAUCAUAUUUAAGAAAAGAAAUUAUCAUUGCUAUUUUCUGUAAAGUGUAGAUACAAAAAGACUAUCUGCCAAUAGUGUAGUUUAAUGUACCUCUUAAAUUAUGUCUUUUGUAUAAAGUUUUUAUUGCUGUAGAUAUUAUGCAUACUCAUAUAUUGUUUUAUAGAAGUAUAACUCAUAUUAUGCUAAUUAUGUAUGUUUGGGUUUAGAGCAAAAAUGUUGCAGCAAACUUAUUUUUCUAUCAACAGCUAUUUCACAUCAAGUCCUUAAUUAUUAAGAGAAUAAAUCUUUAUAUCUACUAAUUGAAAUGUGUGGGUUAUGUCAUUUUUCAUUACAGAAAAUGAACUGUUGUUGCUGUGUGAAUAUGCUGUGUCAAAACUUGUAAUUUUGUAAUUUGAGUUGUAUGUUGCACUAUCUCAAACAGUAGUAGCUCCUUCAGGUGGUGCAUGGAUUCCUCUGCAGUCGAUUUAUUCCAUUUGUCUUGUUUAGACCUAGAAUUGUAGGGUAGAUCUGGUACUCAGAAGGCCAAAUCUUUUCUUAAAUGGUAUGUGUGAUCUCCUUGAGGUCCAGGAAGCACUUCUUCUGAAACCUUUUUUAUGGUAUGUUUGAAAAGUUUGAG